CAGCUUAUUACAUAACAGCAGAGCUCAAAGCCCUCGAGGAAACGAUGAGCGUUGGUUUAUCGGCAGGGACAGGAAAACCACGCUGUCUCGCCGGGUUUGUUCCGAGCCACUGACCCAAUAAGAAGCCUUCGUCUCCUGUGGUUUUGGACUGCCUGACAGAUCAAACCUCCGUGUGCCGCAGUGUAUUCAUCCCCCCUCUGAGUCAAGGACAUAAUAUGACACAUCCUGAACCUGACUGACUGACUGACUGACUGACUUACAUCGAGGCCACCAUGCAGGAGUGCCACACUGGACUGUGUCUGUCUGUCUACAUCAUUACCUUUGUGCUGGGCUUCCCGGCCAAUGUCCUCGCCUUCUACACUUUUUGCAAAAAAGUGAGGCAGAAACCCACACCCAUUGACAUCCUGCUCCUCAACCUGACCAUCUCUGACCUCCUCUUCCUCCUCUUCCUGCCCUUCAAGAUGCAGGAAGUGAUGAACAACAUGCUCUGGGACAUGCCCUACCCCCUCUGCCCACUGUCUGGCUUCAUCUUCUACAUGACCAUCUACAACAGCACCUUCUUCCUCACUGCGGUCAGCGUAGAGCGCUACCUCGGAGUGGCUUUCCCCAUCCAGCACACCUUGAAGCGGAGACCUGUGUAUGCCGUCGCUGCCAGCAUCUUCUUCUGGAUUUUCUCCUUCAUCCACCUGAGCAUAGUGUUCAUAGUUCCCUUUAUCGGCCCUAAAAACUCUCCGAACGCCACCUCAGGCCACAAUGUCUCAGCUAGCUUCGCCAAUGGUGUUGACCAGAGAGAAGUGUGUUAUGAAAAUUUCACGGAGGCUCAGCUGAAUGUCCUCCUGCCUGUGCGGCUGGAGCUCUGCGUGGUACUUUUCUGCAUCCCUUUCCUGAUUAGUAGUUUCUGCUACAUCAACUUCAUCAGGAUUCUGUCCAAGCUGCAGCACAUUGACCGGCGCCGGCGCCUGCGGGCCAUUGGCUUGGCUUUAGGAACACUGCUGGUGUUCGCUUUAUGUUUUGGCCCCUAUAACGUCUCUCACAUUGUCGGUUUUAUUACUUGGAAAAGUCCCGACUGGAGAGACAAAGCUCUGCUGUGCAGUACCUUUAAUGCUUGUCUAGACCCUCUUAUUUUCUACUUCUCCUCCUCUGCUGUGAGAAAGACUGUGGGUAGUGUGAUGGAAGGGGUUAAGAGUCGUCUAAACAGGUGCAUGUCCUGUCACAUGCUCAGGGCCUUGUGGGGGGGGAUUAACAAGACUGCAAAAGAUAAGGAACACAAACAAGAGGAGAUCAAUGCUAUCUAACCUGACUCAAAGAAAGCUGUGAGCAGCUGCUUUCGCUAAUUUGUUAUUUCUUCAUCCCUGGAAGCAGGAAAUUAGUGCCACGUUUAUGUUUUAACACAUGAGAAAAUGACUCUGCAUACUGUAUACAGUCUCUGUUUGACUCUCUGAUGAACUUCCUAUUGGGAAAAAAGACAACAGAGGAAACUCUUCUUCAUGUAGCGUGAUGGGAAAGUCACAGAGACAGUCUCCUUUGAACCGUCAUAUUCGAACGAAACAUUUAUUUUUUACGUAACAACAGGAUUUCAUAAGAUCUCCAUCAAUGCUGUCAGGUGUUGUGGAGUGCUGCACCAACAAAAUGAAUAUCUAAGCAACAGCUGUGGACGUCACCUCUAAGCAAUAAGAGAUAAAGCUUUGACCAUGAACAGCAUAUGUCGUCUGUUUGUAACAAUAUGCUCAUUAUGUGUGAUCUUAGAUGUUGAAAAUGACAGAGCUUAGUACAAAAUAACAUAUAGGACGCAGCCAAUAUGCAGUUUUCUUUGUAUGUGAACAUUUGUGUGUGUUGUGUUCCAUGGCUAUGACCAUUCUUAUGCAGAUUUCUGUUUACACCAUUUUACAUUUAUACUGUCGUUUGCUUAUACAUGUCACAUGAAACCGUGUGAUGCGAGAGUAGCACACAUGCAUGAAUAUAUGUAUGAAUACAUGAAAUAUGCGUCUGAAAGCUGUAUGACAGGGGCUGUAAUUACAUAAGACAAAACACAGAACUAUUUUCAUAUGCAAAUCAUAUAAAUAUGUAUUUUGCAUAAUUUAUGACUCAGAUUCUUUUGUAAAGGCGGCAGUCAGAUAAUAAUACACGAGAGAGCGGACAUGAGAGAGGAAGGGAACAAAUGUGACAACAUAGACAACCACAGAUACGCUGUUUUCGUAAACAAAUCAUAUUAUAAUUAUUAUUUUGUUUUGGAGAGAAUGAGUGCAGAAUGUGAGCACUGUAUGGAAAUAUCUACUGUAUAACAUGAAUAUAGAAGUGACCAGAUCAGUGAUUUAUACAAUUUAUACAUUUUGAUCAGCCCAGUCGCCAGAAAAAAAUGUUGGCAUUGUGCGUUUCUGCAAACCACAAAAUGUAACAUUUACACGUGUCAAAGGUAUCAUAUCAACAUUUCUACAGUGACACAGUAUAUCAGCUGACUUUGAAAUCAGGAGGUGCAGGGCUUGGUGGAUAGUAUGACAUCUAGGCAAGACACCUGCCAAGCAGCACACUACUGUUUAAGGCCAACAAACAUUUAUUUACAGUAGUUUUAAGGCACCAAAUGUGGGUGUUUUUUAAUGGCCUGUCACUGUUUUUCCAGCAGCUUUUCAGUCCAAAAUAUAGGUGUUUAUAGCAACAUCUCAUUAUUUUUCUGGUAGAUUUUUAGGCAACAAACGUGGGUGUUUUUAAGUGAUCCAUCAAUGUUUUAUAAAUUGUCUUUUAGGCACUAAACAUGGGUGUUUUUUAGUUAUCCAUCACUGUUUCUCCUAGGGCUUUUCAGGCCCCAAAUGUAGUUGUUUUUAGUGACCCAUUGCUGUUAUUAUAGCGGCUUUCUGGGCACCAACAUGUGUGUUUUUUAGCAGCCUGUUACUGUUUUCCCAACAGCUUUUUAGCCCCCAAUGUGGGUGUUUUUAAUUACCUUUUACUGUUUUUCCAGUGGAUUUUUUAGACACCAAACAUGGGUGUUUCACUGUUUUUCUAACAGCUUUUCAGUCCCUAAAUGCAGGUGAUUUUUAGCAACCCGUUGCUGUUUUUCCAAUGGCUUUUUAGGCACCAAACGUUGUUUUUUUAGCAACCAAUAGCUGUUUUUCCUGGGGCUUUUCAGACCCCAAAUGUGGGUGUUUUUCAGUUACCCAUUGCUGUUUUCCAUUGGCUUUUUAAGUACCAAACAUGGGUGUUUUUUAGUGACCCAUCAAUAUCUUUCCUAAGGCUAGUCAGACUAUUUUUAGCAGCCUGUCUCUGUUUUUCCAACUGCUUUGUAGGUACCAAACAUGCAUGUUUUUUAGUUACCCAUCACUGUUCCUUCUGGGGCUUUUCAGACCCCAAAUGUGGGUGUUUUUAGUGACCCAUUGCUGUUUUUUAAGCAGAUUUUUGGGCAUCAAAAUGGGUGUUUUUUA